AAACAUAACCUAUAAAACAGUAAUUGAAAUAUUAGUUAGAAAAACAACAAAAACAUGUCCAUGCGGCAAGGAUUUAAUUUUGUUCCCAAGAUUCUGAAUGUUAACAGAAAACCAGGCCAACCAAAAAAGAAAAGAAAAGUAACUUUAGUAUUUGACGAAGAUAAACGGAAAGAAUAUUUGUGCGGAUUUCGAAAAAGAAAACUUGAACGGAAACUAAAAGCUAAACAAGAAAUUGAAGCUCAAUGGAAAGAAGAAAAGAAAAGGAUUAAAAAAGAAGCUCAAGAAAAGUUUAAAAAACUAGUCUCCCAACGCGAUGUCCCUGAGUUAGAGGAGCUGCUUUCUCAACAUGAAUAUGAAACUGAUGGAAAGUCUGUGAGUAUAUUAGAGCUAAAUAUAAAUCAGUUGACACAAAGUGCCAACUGGAUAGGAGAAAAUAAACCAACUUACGAAGAAGUUUCUGAAAACGAUGAAGAGAGUGAUGAGGAAGAAGAGGAUGUAGUUCCUGGUAUGGAACUAAAGAGAAAAAAGUCUAAGAUAGUCGAUGAUGAAGAUGAGAGUAAAGUAAAUUUAUCGAAAAAAGAAAGGUCGCGAGCGAUACAAAAAGAAACAUUACAAAGUCGAAUGAAAAAUCAAGUAUUUCUGCGUAAGCAAAAAAUGCUGCGGAUGAAAAAUAAAAAACUUGCAAUCAGAGAAAAAAUGAGGAAAGGUCAAUCAGUAAAAGAUACAAAAGGCAAAAAAAGAAGUAAAAAAUUAUCACGCGGUCGUACAAGUGAAUGAUGAAAAAUUUUGUUUAUUUG